AUGUUCCACGGUGGCGGCUUCUGCAUUGGUUCGCCAGAUAGCGAGGAACAAAGCUGCCGUAACUUCGUACAAGCAUUCGGCGCGGUUUGCAUUUCAGCAGCAUACAGACUUGCUCCUGAGUUUCCAUUUCUGUAUGCCGUCAAAGAUGGCUGGGAUGCUCUCAGACGGGUUACCGAGCAGGCAGAGGUUUGGGGAGCAGAUCUUUCGUCUAGUUUCAUUGUCGGCGGAAUAUCCGCGGGCGGGAAUGUUGCUGCAGUGUUGGCGCAUCUUGCAAGAGAUGAGCCUCUUGCAGUGCCUCUGAUGGGACAGUAUCUUGCCAUUCCCGCAGUCCUGCCACCUACCGUUGUCCCCGGCAAAUAUAAAGAACUCUAUCUUUCAUGA